GGGCGUUCCGCUCAACAACACAUGCAUCCAGUGGCUGCUGCAUCCCUGCGUGUCAGAGCAUUGCUUCAUCUCUAGAUGCGUCCAAACGCUUUAGAUUUGCUCCGGUUUUAAAUCAGGCAUCCGGCCUGUUCCUGGAUGGAUGUCCUCCCUCUGCCGGGGGAAAGGAGACAGAGGAGGCCGGGCUGGGAGACAUGGAGGCUGCAGAGGGAGUGAGCUGUAGGACGCAGUGCUGAUUUCCUCUGUGGCGGAGUUGUUUCUCCUAGUAUGGACCCUGCCCACAUCAGUGGGGAUAUGUCACCUUUAUAUGUGCCCAGGAAAAGGAAGCCCUUCCAGUCCCAAUCCAGAGGUGCAACAUGUCCAGCUGUUCCAAAGUUUCCUGACAGACUAAAUACCUUGGAGUAUCCAGAGAAUGAAGAAUCUCAAGAUCAAAAUGAUGUCAGGAUGAAGAGAGCUUACAGCAGAAAAAGGUAUGAAGACCUCCAGAAUGUUUCUUUGGGACCUGUGGAUUAUCCGACCUCCAGCUGCUCUGUGAUGUCAUCAGGCAGCCUGGCAAAUGGCUCAGAGGAAAGGUCUGCAAACCUUCCAUCAAGACAGUUUGGGAAAGAUGUUUGGCCUGAAGGGCCAGAGGUUAGCCAGGAGCAGCCCAACCCUGAGGAUCAGCCCUGGAAGUCCACCGGGGAGCAAGGUCCUGAAGCCUGGACUCCAGGUAGAGAAGAACCCAAUGACCUGGGCUGGAGCUCCGGCAGAGACGCAGAAGGACACUCAAGUCAGGAGGAGACCUGGAUGCCUGACAGAGAUGGAUCCCAUCCUGAACAAGAGCAAGCUUGGGUCAUAACGCAGGAGCAAGGUCCUCGGUCAGGAUGGGGAGAGGACAGAGAUCAAAAGCAGGAUCAGGCCUGGAACGCAGGACGGGAUCCAGGAGGAAACAAAGCCUCCAUAGCAACAGUGCAAGGGUGGGGAAACGGUCAAGGUCAGGAUGAGCAAGCCUGGAGCGAUUCAAGCAGGGAGCGAGGAAACGUUUGGAGACCCGAUGCAGUCAGCUUUGGUAAAAGUUCAGCAGCCCAAAUAAAUGAGGAUAAGAAACCUGUCUUGCUUCCAAUCAAGAAAGAACCUCCGACAUAUCCUCCAGAUUCUCCAGGGAGCCAAGAGGAGUGCUGGCAGCUCCAGAUUGUGGCCAAAGGAAGGGUCACGUGUCCCAAAUGUAAAAGUGUGAGCAGGAAAACUGUUGAAGGACUGAAGAAACAUAUGGAGAACUGCAGACUGCAACCUUUUACCUGUCAGCACUGUGGGAAACAGCUGAAAUCCUCCACAGGGAUGAAGUAUCACAUCAUGGCUGACCACAGCCACCUGCCAUCAGCUGAUGAAACCAAGGGCCUUGACGACCGCGCUAUCAAAGAGAAGUUACGUAAAAUACUUAAGAGACUGGGCAAACUGAAAUGCUCCAAAGAGGGCUGCACUGCUGCCUUCACAAGCAUCAUGGGCUACGUGUAUCACAUGAAGAAGUGUGGGAAGGAAGAGUCUGAGUUGGAGAAGUUGCUGCUUAAUUGCUCCCACUGUGGGAAAACAUACAAAUCCAAGGCUGGCCUGGAGUACCACCUGAAAUCAGAGCACGCACCCACACCCCAGAAGACUGAAGAGGACGAGGCCCUGAAGGCCCAAAGGGAGGCUAACCCAGAGAGGACGCCUAGUGGCCGAGUGCAGCGUGCCUCUGCACAGGUGGCCAACUUUCACCUGGCUGAGAUCGCCAACAACGAACUGCCAAAAGACUGGCCCAAAAGAAAGUUUCAGUCAGACUUGGUGCCUGAUGAUAAAAAGUUGAAAUAUGCGAGACCAGGCCUACCAGCAUUCAGCCAAGAGGUGCUGAGGAAGUGGAAGAAUGAGGUGAAGCUGCAAAGGAAAGUCCAUUGUCCUAACCAGGGCUGUGACUGCACAUACACCAGUGUGUCAGGACUAAAAGCUCACCUGGGACUGUGCACAAAGGGUGAAUUUGAAGCUGGAAAAUACAGAUGUUUAAUCUGCAACAAGGAGUUUAAUUCUGAAAGUGGAGUGAAAUACCACAUAAACUCGGUUCAUUCACAGGACUGGUUCGUCACAAACAAAAAAGCAUCUAAGAAGUUCGAAAGGUUCCUCAAGAACCACUCAAAAGAGGCUGUUAAACCAGACAAGCAAACUGCUGAUCAGUACCACCAUCACCACCUGCACCAGCCGCACCACAAGCAGCAUCACCAUUAUCACUAUCAGCAGCACCAGCAGCAUCCACUGCAGCCACUGCAUCACCUCCAGCACCAAGCCCACUUCCUCCACCCAGAGCAGCAGAACCUCCACCAACAAGAGGACCCCCAGCUUCAGCAGCCGGAGCUCCACUACACUCCUCUGGAACCUCCCACUGGACCAAUGUGGUUAGACAUGGACCGCAAGGAAGCUGUUCCAGGACCAGAGCACAUCAACAUUCACAUAGUCAAUGCGAUCAAAUCUGAAGAGGACUGCAAUGAGAUAAUGGAGGUUCAAGGGACAGUCAAGGGAGAAUCACUAGGAGAAACAGGGAUGGUGGACGUAAAACAGGCAAACUGCUUUGCUUUCAGCACCAGCGGCUCACCCAGCGAGAUGGAGACCGGGCUUCACGACAGACAGCGCCAGAUCGUCCAGUGGAACCUGAAACAGCCUGGGGUUGUGGAGCCCCAUGCUGACUCUGCAAAAUGAGACCGAGAAACGAUGGCAACUUUGCAUCAGCUGCUAAAAUAAAUUAUGCAACACUCAGCUGCUUCUAUGAACACAAAGAAAUAAACCUGCAGAACAUUGCGAUGUAACGGCAGCUGAAGAUGAUGAUGCACUACAGCUGGAAUGCUUUGGAGGUUAAAAAUGACUUCCAGCUGAUGAAGGACACCUAGCAUGAAGCCUCGGAUUUAACACUUUGAUCACUCUAUACGGUUGCCAAAUGUAGUCACAUUCUUUGUCUGGGCAUUUUCACCUGUUUUAAAUAUGCUGGUAAAGAUUCCCAGUCAUCCAGGUCAUAGUCAUUCAAAAAAAAAAAGAAAAUUAAAAACGA